UCUCUCUCUAGUUUCUCUUGUUUCUGAUUCCAUGUAUUUCAAAAAAACCCUUGAAACUUUCUAAAAGAGAAUAAAGAGAAGGAAUUUAAACCAUGGUUUUCUCGUCUGUUACACCCUUUCUAGAUCACCACAAUUGGCACCAACAGUUGCAACAAUCAAGCCAUCAACAAGGAAGUGGUGGAGGAGGAGAAAACCCUAAUUUUCAGUCACCGCUGGCGCCUCCACAACAUGGAGGUUCUGGUGGUGGAGAAGGAUCGAUUAGACCAGGAUCUAUGGUGGAUCGAGCCAGACUAGCGAAGCUACCCAUGCCUGAGCCAGGCUUGAACUGCCCUCGUUGUGAUUCCACAAACACCAAAUUUUGUUACUUCAACAACUACAGCCUCACGCAGCCUCGACACUUUUGCAAGACGUGCAGGCGUUAUUGGACACGAGGUGGUGCUCUAAGGAAUGUUCCUGUUGGUGGAGGGUGCAGGAGGAACAAAAGAAGUAACAAAAGCAGCAGAAGGUCAAAAUCUCCAGGCCAAAAGGUGGCUAAAUCAAUGACGAACGGGAGUCCAUCAAGGUAUAGCACCGGACACAUAGCGACAAGUAAUCAUCAUCCACAUCCAUCUUCACUUCAACUACCCUUCAUGAGCUCAUUUGGAGGUAUUGCUGGUAAUAUUGAUGGACUUCAUCCUCAAAAUGGAAUGGGUAAUUUCCAAUUCGGAUCUGAUGGCUCAAAUGGAAAUAAUUUCAGUAACAUUUUAUCAAUUGGAAGUGGUGAGAGUUGGAGAUUGCCAUUCUUGGCAGGAUUUGAGGCACCUAAUAAUACCAACUUAUUUCACUAUCAAAGUGAAGGUGCAGUUGCAGCACCAGCAUCUUCGAUGAUCGAGAACCCUCAUGCAGAUCCUCCAGUAAAAGUCGAAGAAAACCGAGGUCGAUCUCUGAAUUUAUCAAGACAAGCUCUGGGUAUUUCAGAAAAUACCAAUCAACAACCAUGGUCAGGGAGUAAUACAUGGGCUGAAUUUUCUGGUGUCAAUACUUCUUCUACUCCUACAACACAUUUCAUAUGAUCUUUUACUUUGGAGGAAUUUCUUUCAUCUAAGCGUUCAACUGAGUUAACUUGGACUCCGAAAUCCAAGAUAAGCAAGAAUGUCAUGUGGUCUCACUCAAGAUCGGUUACUAAUGAACAACUGAAGGACAAACAAUGGUAGGUUUACUAUAUGCUAUUCAAAUUGAAUGUCAUGGUAAGUAGUGGGUUGUGCUUUUAAUUCAACUAAUGUGUUUGAGAGUUCAAUUACUUGUACUUCAUGUUUAAUGUUUUUACUAAAUUUGUGUCAAAGUGUGUGGUACUUUUUCGUUGUGUUAUGAACGAUAAUGUUUUUUUGUUAAAUCUUUCUACU